AUGUCGACCCUUGAAAGCAAAGAGAAAGGUGUCAUCGAUGAGUAUGGACCCUCGGUGGAUUCAGACUCCAAAAAUACAUCGACGUCAUCCUUACACCCAUACGAGGGUAUUACACACGGUGUAGAGGACCAAGUCAGAGAUUUGGCAAGAAGCCUCACAAACCAAAGUUUGCAAGAAACUCACAGUAAUGCGAGUGUCCCGGAUAACAGGUCGCUGUUCUCCAGUGCAGAUGGGUUGAACCCGGUAUUCUCCAAUGUCGAAACACCAGAGUACGAUGAGAGGCUAGAUCCAAACUCGGAAAACUUCUCCAGUGUCGCUUGGGUCAAGAAUAUGACAAAACUGGCCAAUAACGACCCAGAUUACUACAAACCGUACUCGUUGGGGUGUGUUUGGAAGAAUCUGAUCGCAUCCGGGCAGUCCUCAGAUAUAGAGUACCAAUCCACGGUGCUCAAUUUACCCUUGAAGACAGCCCAAGAGGUUUACAGAACUUUGAGACCCCCACCAGAAUCGGAGUUGUUCCAGAUCUUGAAACCAAUGAGCGGGUACUUGGACCCAGGUGAGUUGCUUGUCGUGUUGGGGAGACCAGGGUCCGGUUGCACAACUCUGUUGAAGUCGAUCUCUUGUAAUACACACGGGUUUAAUAUAAGUAAAGAUUCCGUCAUCUCGUACAAUGGUCUGAGCCCGAAGGAGAUAAAGAAGCACUACAAAGGUGAAGUCGUAUACAACGCGGAAGCUGAUAUCCACUUACCACAUUUAACCGUGUUCGAAACGCUAUACACGGUCGCUAGACUGAAGACGCCGCAGAACAGAGUCAAGGGUGUCGACAGAGACUCUUGGGCAAGACACGUCACCGAUGUCAGCAUGGCCACUUACGGGUUGUCCCACACGAGAAACACAAAAGUCGGUAACGAUCUGGUUAGAGGUGUCUCUGGUGGUGAGCGGAAGAGAGUCUCCAUUGCGGAGGUUACCAUCUGUGGGUCGAAAUUUCAAUGUUGGGAUAACGCCACGAGAGGGUUGGACUCUGCGACUGCGUUGGAGUUCAUUCGUGCUUUGAAGACCCAGGCUACCAUCUUGAACGCAGCAGCUACAGUGGCCAUCUACCAAUGUUCGCAGGACUCAUACGAACUUUUCGACAAAGUAUGUGUGCUCGAUGAGGGGUACCAAAUCUUCUACGGUAGAGGCGACAAAGCCAAGGAAUUUUUCCAAAGAAUGGGGUACGUCUGCCCAAGUAGACAGACAACCGCAGAUUUCUUGACCUCCGUGACAAGUCCCGCGGAAAGAAUUGUCAACCAAGAAUACAUCGAAAAGGGUAUUGAUGUCCCACAGACUCCAAAGGCCAUGUACGAAUACUGGCUAAACUCCCCUGAACACAAACAGUUGGAGGACGAGAUCGACCAGAAGUUGAGUGGGAGCGACGAUAGCGCACGUGAAGUCAUGAAGGAGGCACACAUCGCCAAGCAAUCCAAGAGAGCUAGACCUGGCUCCCCAUACACGGUAAGCUACGGUUUGCAAGUCAAGUACUUACUCACGAGGAAUUUCUGGAGAAUACGGAAUAGCUCAGGUGUGUCGCUGUUUAUGAUCCUCGGUAACUCCUCAAUGGCCCUCAUUUUGGGUUCCAUGUUCUACAAAGUCAUGAAAAAGGGCGGUACAGGUUCUUUCUACUUCCGUGGUGCCGCCAUGUUCUUCGCCCUGUUAUUCAAUGCAUUCUCCUGUCUACUGGAAAUUUUCUCCCUGUUCGAGGCUAGACCCAUCACAGAGAAACACAACACAUACUCCCUGUACCACCCUAGUGCAGACGCCGUCGCUUCUAUUCUUUCCGAGAUCCCCACCAAAAUGAUUAUCGCUGUCUGCUUCAACAUCAUUUUUUACUUCCUGGUUGACUUCAGAAGGAAUGGUGGUGUUUUCUUCUUCUACCUCCUGAUCAAUGUCGUCGCUGUGUUUGCUAUGUCCCAUCUGUUCCGAUUCGUCGGGUCCAUCACCAAAACGUUAUCUGAAGCCAUGGUCCCCGCCUCUAUAUUACUGCUAGGCAUGGCCAUGUUCAGUGGGUUUGCUCUACCAAAGACGAAGAUGCUAGGGUGGUCCAAAUGGAUUUGGUACAUCAACCCAUUAUCCUACUUGUUCGAAUCGCUAAUGAUCAACGAAUUCCAUGACGUGAGGUAUCCUUGCUCUCAAUACAUUCCUGCUGGACCUGCCUAUGUCAAUGCAACUGGUACUGAUAGAAUAUGUGCUUCUCGGGGUGCAAUCCCAGGGAACGACUACAUCCUCGGUGACGAUUUCAUUAACAUCAGUUACGACUACUGGCACUCUCACAAGUGGAGAGGUUUCGGUAUUGGGAUGGCUUAUGCGAUUUUCUUCCUGAUGGCAUACAUGUUCGUGUGUGAGUUCAACGAAGGUGCUAAACAGAAGGGUGAGAUCUUGGUGUUCCCAUCGGCCAUUGUCAAGAAGAUGAAGAAAGAAGGUCAAUUGAAGAAAAGGACCGACCCUAACGAUUUGGAAGCUGCUAGUGACUCAAGUGUGACUGACCAAAAGAUGCUAAGGGAUUCUGAGUCGUCUUCGGAAAACGAUUCCGAAGGUGGCGUCGGAUUGUCCAGAUCAGAAGCUAUUUUCCACUGGAGAGACUUGUGUUACGAUGUCCAGAUCAAGGAUGAGACCAGAAGAAUUCUGAACAACGUCGAUGGUUGGGUGAAACCCGGUACGCUAACUGCUUUGAUGGGUUCCUCUGGUGCUGGUAAGACAACCUUGCUGGAUUGUUUGGCUGAAAGAGUCACGAUGGGUGUCAUCACUGGUGAUAUUUUUGUUGAUGGUUUGCCAAGAAAUGAAUCUUUCCCAAGGUCUAUCGGUUAUUGUCAACAACAGGAUUUGCAUUUGAAAACUUCCACUGUGAGAGAGUCGCUAAGGUUUUCCGCCUACCUACGUCAACCCAAGGAGGUUUCCGUUGAGGAAAAGAACGCAUACGUCGAAGAAAUCAUCAAAAUUCUGGAAAUGGAAAAGUACGCAGAUGCCAUUGUCGGUGUUGCUGGUGAAGGUUUGAAUGUUGAACAGAGAAAGAGAUUGACUAUUGGUGUUGAACUAGCUGCUAAACCAAAACUACUGGUGUUCCUUGAUGAGCCAACUUCCGGUUUAGACUCUCAAACUGCAUGGGCUAUCUGUCAACUGAUGAAGAAGCUUUGUAAACACGGUCAAGCCAUUUUGUGUACCAUCCAUCAACCUUCUGCUAUUUUGAUGCAGGAGUUUGAUCGUCUGCUAUUCAUGCAAAAGGGUGGUAAAACUGUGUAUUUUGGUGAAUUAGGUGAAGGGUGUCAAACUAUGAUCGACUACUUUGAAUCCCAUGGUGCCCAUGAGUGUCCUGCUGACGCGAACCCUGCUGAAUGGAUGUUGGAAAUUGUCGGUGCCGCCCCAGGUUCGCAUGCUAACCAAGACUACUAUGAAGUAUGGAGAAACUCUGAAGAAUACAAGGCUGUACAUGCGGAACUUGAUCGGUUGGAGAGAGAUCUGCCUUCGAAGAGUUCUAAUAACGAGGCAGUAGGCAGCGAGUUUGCUACAGGUAUCUUCUACCAAACCAAGCUGGUUAGUGUGCGUCUGUUCUAUCAAUACUGGAGAUCCCCUGAGUAUUUGUGGUCCAAGUUCUUUUUGACUAUCUUCGACGAGUUGUUCAUUGGUUUCACUUUCUUCAAGGCUGGUACAUCGCUACAAGGUUUACAGAACCAAAUGUUGUCCAUUUUCAUGUUCUGUGUUAUCUUCAAUCCACUGCUGCAACAAUAUCUACCACUGUUUGUGCAACAGAGAGAUCUUUACGAGGCCAGAGAGCGUCCUUCAAGAACAUUUUCCUGGAUUUCGUUUAUGAGUGCUCAAAUUAUUGUUGAACUUCCAUGGAACAUUUUGGCUGGUACUUUGGCAUUCCUGAUCUACUACUACCCUGUCGGUUUCUACAGUAACGCCUCAUUGGCCAACCAACUACAUGAAAGAGGCGCCUUGUUCUGGUUAUUAUCCUGUGCUUUUUACGUCUAUGUCGGCUCCACUGCUUUGAUCGCGGUUUCCUUCAACGAGAUUGCCGAGAAUGCUGCUAAUUUGGCCAGUUUGUGUUUCACCAUGGCCUUGUCUUUCUGUGGUGUUAUGGCCACUCCUGAUGCUAUGCCAAGGUUCUGGAUUUUCAUGUACAGAGUGUCGCCGCUGACUUACUUGAUUGAUGCCUUACUGUCUGUCGGUGUCGCCAACGUCCCAAUCAAAUGUGACAAGGAGGAGCUAUUGCAAUUUACACCUGCGAACGGCAUGACCUGUGGAGAAUACGUUGCUCCUUAUUUGGAAUUGGCAAAGACUGGUUACUUAAUCAGUGAGGAUGCAACUGAUAAGUGUGAAUUCUGUCAAUUUUCGUCGACGAAUGAUUUCUUGAAAACGGUGAGCUCUUCAUACAGCCUCAGGUGGAGAAACUUCGGUAUCUUCAUUUGCUUUAUCGCGUUCAACUACAUCGGUGCCCUUGUCUUCUACUACUGGGCAAGAGUUCCAAAGAAGUCAAAGAUGAAGAAGGAGAAGGACUCCAAAUAA